UCUUAAGGGCCUGACUUUUAGAACAUGUCUGAUAUUAACUGUGCACCAAAUUGGUACAGUCACAAAACACACCCACAUUUGGUUUACAGCUUAAUUUCGAAUGGCCUGAAUUCUGAACAAUUCCUUUGUACUGCAUUGCCACACCUUCACGUUCUGCUGAAGACCUCACCAGCAAUGUACUUUCAGGUGCAUUGUUCAGGGGUGUGACUCAAAAAAGAGGUAAGCAAUGUUCUUUUCAUCAUCUUUCUAUUACCUUUCAAGUAAAUUAACUCAUUCGAUCUUCAAUGAUGAUGAAAAAUGUUGAGGUGAGAACAGAGACAGACAUUGGGGGGAAAACACGUGACGUCUUCCGAGUGUAAAUGGGACGCCUCUAUCUCACCACAAAUAACUUUCCAUGCCUGCAAAGGUAACUGAAUCCGACUCCAGCCGUCAGGAGGGGCGCGGACAGCUCGGAAGCCAAGUUUCGUGACAGUCUGCAACAGGUGGCGAGACCAGAAUAACUGGGACAUGGACUCAUACAAAUACCAAGAGCCUUGUCACUACUGACAGGAGUCUAAUAACCAUAAAGACAACUGCGUCAGUCUGCACAGUUGCGGGAACUCUCCCCCCUUUAAUCUUGGAUUUGGCACUUUAUAAGUGAGACAAGUGUGCACAGGCCCAACAGAAGAAACUUGUCUUUCAGCCAAGUCAGAGAGAAGCAAAACUUGGAGAUUUUUUUUACAAGAAAAUAAGUAAUUUUGGAAUCAAAGGUGCAAGAUGGGACAACAUAGCUCCAAAUCCUCCAUGGAGGCACGGGUGAUUUUCCAGCGCGAUGGCGCAGAUGGCAUGUAUCAGAAGACGGACGUGUGUUCCACUCCAGCCUCUGCUGUCCGCUUUCAGAAAAGGGUGAACAACCAACUUCACUCGUCCAACCGCUCACUGGAGAAAUCAGCACUCCAUUCCUGGUCCCAAAGCCGCCGUGAUUCUGGGGGGCUGGUGUACGUGAUGGAUAACCCCACUGGCGGUGUGUGGGUAAAGCCAGAAGAAAAAUGGACAAGAACAUGACACAGAAAUACAAUCUUCAGGAGAAAAGCCAAUAAAUUCAUCGUGGGAACUAAGUCAAGCGCUUCUUGACUGGAUGAUUUCCUUGAGGUUUGGCAUUUUCCGCGCAGCAGGAUGUUUUUGGGUCUCUGCGCGCAAAGGUGCGCGUCUGUAGCGCCUCCUUAUGCAUUGUGCGGACUCCAGGUGUAUUCAAAUCGUCUCACAGACACUGCGGGGAAGAUGGCUGGACUGAUCGCUGAAAUUUAUUGAUUUAGUCUACAUGGGACGUUCAAAAAUUCAGUCCAACUGCUGAAGGGGAAUUACAUGAGGUGGAGUUUGCGUCAUGCGCACCGAAACGAUGUGCUUUGGAAAUGCCUAGUUUCCAACAUUUUUGUAACUUAUAUUUUUUUAUUGAGAAUAAAUACUCCAAACUCUCAGAGUUUGUGGAGUAGAUAAAGGGAGAGCUUUGGUGUAGUCAAUGCAAAGAGCUACUUUUGGAUGCAAACGCAUUUUGAUACCACCUCACAUUUGUUAUUUGAAUCAACCAGUCUGGUUUGUCAACAGAGUUCAGUUUAGCCAACUGUGUCAUGGUGUAUCUUUCAAUGGCUGACCAAGUCUUAUUUAUCCAUUUACAUUUACUUUUUUUCUUUUAUUCAUAUUCUUCAUUAGAAUUAUAUGGUGUAUUUUAUACCACAUCACAGAGGGGUUUUUGAAUUUUUUAUUGAUUUAUUAAUGAGCACUUGAAUAUGAAGGAGUGGAACUAUAAGUUCGCCCACCCGAAGAUUCUAGACUAUUUAUGUUAUUUUAAGAAUGUUUGUCCAGAAAUGGAUAAUUGAGUGGAGUCAAAUCAGCAUAACAUUUUGGUUUUGUUGUUUUAUGAGCCAUGAAAAGUUUCAGGAAGUCAGGUGAGAGUGAUGUAGCAUCUCAGUGGUUACAACUUGAAGUUUUACAUUUUUAUCAAGAGAAUGUCACAGAGGGACUGUGUUGAAUGUUUCAAAUGUACGUUGAAAUGAAUGAUUUGGGGGCUGUAUGAAGGAGGAUAAUGGUGGUUCAAGGUUGAUAAACUGCAUUAUUUUUAUUCGCAAAUAAAGUCUGGGUACUCUUACUUCUUUUUACCUGCAAAUUUUGUCCAAUGCAGAUAUGGCCCUUAAAAAAUGUAUUGUUUUCUUUGAAUUCUUUGAAAUUUCGAUGUUUGUUAUCAGUAGAAAUGCAUCGCGCCUAUGAGGGUCCUAAUAAGAGCAGCUAUAGUGACAGAAUGUCUCCCUGUGAACUAAGAAUAACAAUUUAUGACCCAUGCAUGACAAGAUGAGAACCCUGUCACAGUAAAAUAAUGUUGGUCUAAUCUGUCUGUAACUGUUUUAUACAGCCAUUAUAAAAAGGGAUCAUCUCUGGUUGGUACAAACUUUGCCCCCUUUGUAUGGCGCCUUAUCAGUAAUAGAGUUACAGUCAGCAUGGAGUUAAUGGGUCAUCUAUUAAACCUCGGUCCACGCACUCAGCUAACACUGCGUCAGAAAAGAGGAAGACGUGCCUUUCUCUCCUCAGUUGACCGUCUUUACUGCUCCAAAUUAUCAUGGGGCUGCGAGGAUCUAAACUACCAGAAGCCCAUGUUCUACUUCUGGGCCUGGACAACGCUGGGAAAUCAACUCUCCUCUACAAACUUAGGCAUAACGCGUGUGUCAGCACCGUCCCUACCGUAGGCUUCAACGUUGAAAUGCUAGAGGCGAAAAAGAACCGUAAGAACAUCGCAGUGACUUUGUGGGACGUCGGUGGACAGGUCAAGAUGCGCGAGCACUGGAAGAGUUUCCACCAGGACGCAGCAGCUGUAGUGUUUGUGGUGGACAGCUCGGACAGGGCGCGCGUGGAGGAGGCGCGCAGAGAACUUGAGGGCACCCUGAGGAGCGAGCAGCUAAGGGGCCGUCCGUUGAUUCUUAUUGCCAACAAACAGGACGUGAACGGAGCUCUGACGGCCACCGAGAUGAAAGACACGUUUCACAUGAGGAGGAUCUGCUCGGGACGAGAUUGGUAUGUUCAGCCUUGUUCUGCAUCGACGGGAUUUGGAGUUGAAGAGGCCUUCAGUCGCGUGGUGCAGCUGGCCAAACUCCCAUCAGACUCUGGGGCGAUGAAGGAAAACAUUAAGGACACAGUGCACUACCUCAAAGUGAGCAGAAAACGUUGAGUUUAAUUUAUAUGAGGUGUUAUUUACAAACCAUUGGCAAUAUCACAAAUGGUAUUUGAAAUACAUUCUUAAUUUCUUACUGUUUAUAAAACAAUAA